AUGGCAUAUGGUGGGAAUGGCGACCGUGGACCCUUUCUCAAUACCAUCAACUGGGUUUUUAAUGCCAUCGCUGUUGUGGCGGUUCUUCUUAGAUUUGGCACACAUAUCAUCCGCGAUAAGCACAUAUGGGAACCAGACGAUUUCUUCAUCAUUCUGGCAAUGGUAGUGAACUUGGCACGUUCAAUUUGUCUUUCUAUAGCUAUUUCCAGAGGCUUUGGUCAACAUCUAGCCAUUCUGAUUGAGGAGAGCCCUACUAACACCACCGCACUGCUGCAUUUGAUGGUCGUUCUUCAAGCAGUCGGUCUUUGGACAUUCACUCUUCCGAAACUGCCAGUGGCCUCCCUUCUUGUUCGCUUGUUUGGGAAAUUUAAUCGGCUCGCCUAUAUUGUGUAUCCACUGGUCGGCCUACUCAUAAUAUUUGUGACUGUUACAACCAUUACCACCUUCCAGCAAUGUAAACCGGUGGCUGCGCAAUGGGAUACAAGCAUCCAUGGCCACUGCUGGAAUAGGUCUGUGAACAUUGGUUUGGGCUAUUUUGUCGGAUCAUUAUCGGCGUCUUUGGACUUUGGAUUUGCGCUGUACGCCGUGGUUACAGUGAUGAGUCUGAAUAUGACUCGUGCACAGAAAAUUGUCAUUGCUAGUUCUAUGGGUCUUGGCUUUGGUGCCUGUGCUGUCUCGAUCUACAAGCUUACCAUCAUCAAAGAGAUCAAUGAUCUUUCGGACCCGACAUGGGCCACAGUACCUCUCGAAGUUUGGAACAGGUGA